AAAAUCUUUCAUGACAUGUUUUUAGCGUGUGUAAUGUGAGAUCGAUUUUACACAGCUGUUUCGUACUAUACAUAGGAUAAAGGCAAUAUAAUUAUCAAGCUUUUCAUUUCUUUUGUUAAGUAUCGUUUUACGGUAUUGAGCUGUACACAGCUGAAUGACCGCUUUUAAUGUACUGCUCUAUAGUAAACAGGGAAUUUGAUAUACACGAGAACAGGAUAUAGAAUUUAAAAAUGUUCUAAAUAGUGAUUACGACUCGUACUUAAAGAAGUACAAGGUCAUCCGAGAUAAAGCGUAAAUCAUGCUUUCAUAGGAUGUAGAAAUGUUUGACUAAGGAUAAUCAAUUCAUAACACAGUGCACUGACACGUAGGCCGGUACGAAUAUUCAGUUCAAAUAAACGUGUUUGCCAUUCAACGAAGUCAUUUAAGGUUACGUACACUCGGAUAUAAACUAUGUGAUAUACAGAAUUACAAUAUAUACGCGCCAAAUUGUAACAGGUCGUUGUAUAAUCAGUGAUUAAUCGAUGAAGCUCUCUCCCUUGGUCAAAGCUAAAUCUGACAAGUGAUUGGUAGCAGGAACUAUUUCUGUACUUAUAGUACGACAGGAUGGCCACAUUUAUCGGAAUUGGUUGUAUGUCCGGAUCGUCUCUGGAUGGCUUGGAUAUGUGUUGUGUUGAGUUCACAGGGGAUGUCUGCUCAGAUUUGUGGGGUUAUCGGAUCUUGUGUGCUCAAACAGUACCGUAUACUGCAGAGUGGAGCGCUAAGCUUAAAAACGCGGCAAAACUUUCGGGUGCAGACUUAAUAAAACUUCACGUUGAAUACGGGCUGUUUAUUGGGAAAAAUGUGUCAGAAUUUAUAGAAAAUAACAAUUUGGAAAAUGUUCAGUUUGUAGCAUCACACGGGCAUUCAGUUUUUCACCAGCCAUCAGAUGGCUUUACAUUUCAAUUAGGAGACGGACAAACGACGUCAACCCAGCUUUCUGUUCCGUUUGUCUGCGACUUCCGGUCCAAGGACGUUUGCCUCGGAGGCCAAGGCGCACCUUUAGUGCCAUGCGGAGAGCGUUUUCUGUUCACAAACAAUGAAAUGUGUGUUAAUUUAGGAGGAAUAGCGAAUAUAGGAAUAAAAGGUCACAAAGGUUAUGACAUUUCAUCUUGUAAUAUAAUACUGAACCGCCUCGCUGCCCAGAAAGAUAGCAAAUUGCUAUUUGACAAAGAUGGUAAUAUUGCAAGAAGUGGAAAAAUUGUUAACGAGGUCCUUGAAAGAUUAAAUAACCUGUCAUAUUUCAAAUUGCCACCGCCAAAAUCUUUAUGGAGGGAUUACAUUGAAAAAGAAAUAUACCCACUGUUAAAUGUGAAGGAAAACAAAGUUGAAGAUCUGUUGCGCACGUGCACAGAACAUGUGGCGUUUAAAGUUGCUGAAGCAUGCAUUAAAGCUAAAGAGCUCGUGCCCAACGUCAGCGUCCCUAGCGUUCUUUUCACCGGCGGAGGAGCGUUAAAUAAAUUCCUGCUUGAAUUAAUACACGAGAAAUUAGAUGGCAGGGGGUUUGAAGUUGAACAGGCAGACGAGGAUACAAUCAAUUUCAAAGAAGCGCUCAUUUUUGCAUUUAUUGGAUUACGAUGUUUACUUGGCGAAGAAAAUGUAUUCCGGGAAAUUACAGGUUCGAGUAGCGACACGAUUUCCGGCAGUAUUCAUAGACCUUUAACAAGUGGUGCUGUUAAACCUAUCAGUCUGCUGAACAAAAGAUAGUGCUGUUGAUGAUAUCCUAGGUUUAAUGUAUAUACGUAUCUUAUUUAUCAAACUGUGUCUUGGCUCACACUUUUACGUCUGUAAUUAACUAUGAUUAAUUGAACGAAAAAAAAAACCCGAAAGCAUUUUAAUAAUUGUGACUGUAAUUAGAAAAUUGAUAGCUCUAAACAGUAAACAUUAAUUAAUCAAUUUCUCUCAAAAUACUUGUCUACACCUACAUCACCGACAUUUUAUGACACAUCAUUACCAUCAAAUGAGACUGGAAUGUGUACCUUCACAAAAUCUGCCGAAUGAAAAUAAAAAGUUCAUAACCGUUUUUUGAAGGUAAAUUAAAUAAAUGUUCAUGGACGUUUUAAAGGGGUUUUGGGAAAUUCGUGUCCGAUUGUUUUUUAUAGUUUGUUUCGAUUCAUUUUGAUGUGUAUUCAAACUUAGUCAGUUGCCAGUAUGUACAUGUAUUUAUUUAGUCUACAGUAAAGUUUACAUUUCGUGCGUGACAAAUGCAUUUUAAAAGUGUUUAGUUUUGUUGAAAAACAUUUAUGUUCAAGUGUAAUAAAGUGUGCUGACCGAGAAAUAGGUUGGUAACGUAUUUAAGGAAAAAAGAUAUCAUCAAAGUACACGAGUCAGUGUUUAUUACGAAACUGUGUUCAUCAUACUGCAUGUGAAACGUGUAUUCACCAUGCUACAUAGAUUGUCACAGAGUGUUCAACAUGAUACACGAGAAAUAUGUGUUAAUUAUACUGCACGAGAAACGUGUGUUCAUCAUACUGCACAGGAAUCAUGAAUAGAAAGAACAUUUUUGCAAUGUGCUAAUGUGCUUGGCAUUUAAGUAUACUUUCAAGUAUAAUCAUUGCGUCUUGCCUCGUGAUUUUAACAUACUUUCAGGUAUUAUUAUGUCUUGCCAUGAUGAAUAUCCGGGAUGAGAUAUUUAAACUACAUGUAUAAUGAUAUAUUAUCAUGUUGCAAUAUAUAACAUUCAUUCAUUACUAUCAUUUAGGGUAAUCAUGUGACCUUGUCGAUUAUAGCGUAAUAGUUAAUAGAUAUUUUGAAUAUUAGGCUCGUGGCUGAAUAGUUAAAGGCCCAUUAUGCCUAAGAAGUGCUAUUAUUUUUAUUUCUUACAGCCUUUUUAUUUUUCUUGUUCUGUUUCCAAAAUGUUACUCAUUUGCUUAUUACCUGAAUCUUCUUUUGCUUCUGUUGUCUUUUCAUAAUUAGUACAGUAGUGAGUAAGUAUUUUGUAUGGAAGUCAAAGUACUACUUUGUUUACAUUUUGCUACUAUUAUGACAAAUAAUUUUGUAUUCAACGCUACUUUCUGUAUGUGAUAAGCAUUUGACAUGCGCUUAAAUCAUUGUUCAAGCACAAUGCAAGUGAACAUCAUGUUUGGCUAUUCUAGAAUAUGGGAAACUCUAAGGCAUACUGUGCCUUUAAGGACACUGACUUGACUUCAAAAUACUCCCUCGUAUCCAAGGAAAGCUCGAUCUAACCAAGGGGCAUAUUUUUAUCAUCACCAAUAAGUACCAAAGGUAAACAGAAUGCGUGUUGCCAUUAUCAAACAUGAAUUAUUUUUUAAGUUUGCUCGAACCAUAUUUCAUACAUUAAUUUGAAAUUUAAAAGAAGAUUUAGUUUCGCGUCAAUGAGUAUAAAAACUUUUGAGCGAUUGAAAGUUGUACUUCUGUUUAAUGUAUGGUGUUUAAAUAAACACUG